AUGGCGCACACCCUAGGCGAUGAUGAGAAUCUGAAUGAUGCAUUGCACCGAGAGACCUGUGUCGAAGAAAAUGCAGCCAGAGCUAAGCCAGGAGAGACUCAUGCUUUUCUCUCCAACGAACAUUCCGAAACUAGAACUGCAGGGCAGUUGAUCGCAAAAGACAAACAAAACAGCGCAUCAGUUCUCAUGACAUGGUGGUUCGAACUGGCCUCUUUAGUAGCCGCCAUAGCGGCCUUGGUCGCUAUUGUGAUUACUAUGGCAAAGUACAACGACAAAGAGCUGCCCGAGUGGAGAUACUCAAUCAACCUCAAUACGAGUAUCGCCGUUUUGGCCAUCAUGCUGCGAUCAUGUAUGGUGGUCGUAGCAGAAGAAGUCAUUAGCCAAUUGAAAUGGUUGUUGUUUCGGCGGCCACGGCCUCUAUGGCACCUUGGGCAUUUUGAUACAGCUGCUCGAGGGCCCUGGGGCUCGCUGCUGCUCUUCUUUCGAACAAGGUCUCUUGAUGCGGCGGUUGUAGAAUGCAUAGUUAUUAUACUAUCAGUCGGCAUCAGGCCUUUCUCGCAACAAGCUGUCAAAUCUGUAUCGUGUGAACGACCUCUAGUGGGAGCAGAAGUAUCCAUCAGGAUUUCCCAGUGA